CGGGGCCGGCGGCAGGCGGGGCUGGAAGGGCCGGGGCGCUUCUAGAACGGGCAGCGGGAGCGGCGGCCGCAGGGUGCUCUGUGAGAGUGGGGCUGAAAGGCUGCUGUGGCUGUCUUUACCAGGGUAAUACUUCAUCUUUCUGGCAUUAAGGACUUGGAAAUAAACCCACAGGUUGGAGGUAUCUGGAAGAUGAAACCCUGGCUGCAGUUGAUGUUCUUCCUUUGCGUUUUCCUGAUCUGGCACACAGAAGCAGAGUUCUUUACCUCUAUAGGUCAAAUGACAGACCUGAUUUAUGCGGAGAAGGACUUGAUACAGUCUUUACAGGAAUAUAUCAGAGCUGAAGAGAAAAAGCUCUCUCAGAUUAAAAGCUGGGCUGAAAAAAUGGAUGUACUGACCAGCAAAUCAGCCUCUGAUCCAGAAGGGUAUCUGGCACACCCUGUAAAUGCAUAUAAGCUUGUGAAGCGUUUGAAUACUGACUGGCUUGAAUUGGAAAACCUGGUUCUUCAGGAUACAACAAGUGGCUUUAUUGCAAAUCUUACAAUCCAGCGUCAGUUUUUUCCAACUGAAGAAGAUGAGACUGGAGCGGCAAAGGCUCUGAUGCGCCUGCAGGACACCUACAAACUGGAUCCUGAAACGCUCUCUCGAGGGAACUUGCCAGGAACAAAAUAUAGGUCCUUCCUGACAGUUGGUGACUGCUUUGGCAUGGGGAAGACAGCCUACAAUGAUGGGGACUAUUAUCACACUGUGCUCUGGAUGGAGCAGGCCUUAAAACAGCAUGAUGAAGGGGAGGAUACAGCAGUCAGCAAAGUAGAGAUCCUAGAUUAUCUCAGCUAUGCUGUUUUCCAGUUUGGGGAUUUGCACAGAGCCAUGGAACUCACCAGACGGCUGAUAUCCCUUGAUGGCACUCAUGAGAGAGCAGGCAGUAAUCUGCGGUACUUUGAGAAGCUGCUAGAGAAGGAAAGAGAGGAGAAGGAGAAAGACAAGUCAGUAAACAAGACUCUGACAACCACAGAAGCCAUGGUGCAGAGUGGAGCCUAUGAGAGGCCUCUUGACUACUUGCCAGAACGUGAUAUCUAUGAGGCCCUGUGCAGAGGUGAAGGGGUGAAAAUGACUCCUCGAAGACAAAAAAGGCUGUUUUGUAGGUACCAUGAUGGAAACAGAAACCCUCAUCUGCUCAUAGCUCCCUUUAAAGAAGAAGAUGAAUGGGACAGUCCUCAUAUUGUGCGAUACUAUGAUGUCAUGUCUGAUGAAGAAAUAGAGAAAAUUAAACAACUAGCAAAGCCAAGACUGGCACGAGCCACAGUACGCGAUCCCAAAACCGGUGUCCUUACAGUGGCUAGCUACAGGGUAUCCAAGAGCUCAUGGUUGGAAGAAAAUGAUGAUCCUGUUGUGGCUAAGGUGAAUCAGCGAAUGCAGCAGAUCACAGGGUUAACAGUGAAAACAGCUGAGCUCUUGCAGGUUGCCAACUACGGAAUGGGAGGGCAGUAUGAGCCACACUUUGAUUUUUCUAGGAAAGAUGAGCCAGAUGCUUUCAAGCGGUUAGGGACUGGAAAUCGUGUGGCCACUUUUUUAAACUAUAUGAGUGACGUAGAAGCUGGAGGAGCUACAGUUUUUCCAGAUUUUGGGGCAGCAUUAUGGCCCAAGAAGGGAACAGCAGUGUUUUGGUACAAUCUCUUCAAAAGUGGUGAGGGGGAUUAUAGAACAAGACAUGCAGCUUGUCCAGUACUAGUAGGGUGUAAAUGGGUUUCAAACAAAUGGUUUCAUGAAAGAGGAAAUGAAUUCUUAAGACCUUGCGGGAGAACAGAGGUUGACUGAAUUCCAGCCUGCUGCAGACCUUUGUUUCUGUCUCCUUUUCUACUGUUGUUUGUUCCAGUUCAUUUCUAAGAAAUGAUCCAUCUUUUUCUCCAAGAGUCCUGGCACUUUACUACAAAAGAACAAUAAAAGAUGUAACACUUGUGAAAGAAA